AGAGAGGCAUCACAGCAGACAUGACUCAUCGGAUGCGGUAGCGGAACAAAGCGUUCCUAGAGGAUUCCAAUACUUGUCUGAGCGGUUCACGCCCAUUAGGGUUGUAGAGAUGCCUCAGGAUAUUCGAUUGGAAUCACAUCUAUUUCAGGCAUAUCCUUCUCUUUCUCUUCCUUCUUUCUCCUCUUUGCGUAACAAAGUAAAAUAUCAGGUCCUUCCUCAUGAGCGCUGUAGCUUUCUACUUCCACGCUCAGCGCUCAACAAGAAGGCACCGAGAGCGAUUCUUUCCUGUUUGUCUUCAGAUGGACCGGAGGGUAGUGGCCGUUUUUUGGCAAGGAAGCUUAUGCUGCAAAGCGCAAAAGGUAGCUUUCCCGUUUGUCACCUGGCGUGUCAUACAUACAUCUACGCUCAUCAAGAGAACGUCUUUCGCACGUAUCGGCACAGCCAAUCUGAUCAUCUGUAUCAUCGACUUGAACUUCAUUUUCUUGUACUCUUCUUUGAUGAGGUCUGUCUCAGAAGACGCCUUGAAUCCCGACCUUGGCGUUCGCCUCCAUAAACGUUCGUCUCGUCAUCUCUUGUGCACCCCCCCUGCAAUGUCAAAACUCGAGACUCGCUCGAGGUGCCGUCUGUAUGGCGAGACCAAGUCUCAUCGUAGCAUCGACCAAGGAAUACGUUGCAUGACACCACACGCAACAGGAUGGAUUGCAGUGGACGCUGUCAAUGAGCGCGCACUUCGUCGCGUGCAACCGACAUGAGUCACGAUAGUUUUUGCGCUUUGCGGGUUACAGACGCCCGCAGCGAUGCCUUGCGGAGAACUACGAACGGGCCAUGACAUCUGUUCGCCGCUCCGCCUCGUGCUGAUCCGGUGCCUGAAAUCAAUCAAAGCGAGAGAUCUCACCACCACCCUGGAGAAGGCGACAGGGUGCAUGUAGUAUGUAAUUGGCUCGCUGUUCUGAUCCAAAUAC